UCCCAUACGGGUACUUGCAUAAACGAAAACAAAACGGAGAUCAGUGAAUCGUUUUCCCCGCGCUAUGGGGCAUCGCCGCGUCGAGUGCAAGGUGUCGGAAUUUUGAGCUUCAUGAUGAUGAGGAGUCUAGAGUAUAAAUCUACCACGAUUAAUCCCGACAUACCUUAAAGCCAAGCUGCCAUAGUGAAUCCCUGCUUUCCGAUCGCUUGAGCGUGCCUACAAAAUGUCAUCAGAAUCUACUAAAAAGACUAUACCAGCUCUUAUUGGGCUUGAUGACGACAGCUUAAAGGACUUGAAGUUUUGUGUUGCUUCUUUCUGUGCCAUUGUCAUCAUCAUUUUCAACUAUGCAUACAUCAUGAGGCAAUGGGUUCUUGACCCUGAGCUCCCUAUGUCUACGCUAGCUUUUUACCUGGCCACCUUGAUUUGUACCAUGAUUGUAUCGAUUGGUUUUCUUGCAAAGGUCGUGCACCCCAGAAUUUAUUGUACCGUGGAUGGGCCUGCUAUUGCGGAAAAAAAGAAUGAAUGAGUUUUUAGAGUCUUUAGUCUCCGGGCUUGAGCGAAGAUGCCACGAUGUGAGGAGACGGGUUCGGUACAGUCACGUAUAUAUUUGCAAUUUAUUUUUUACAAAGCUUAGAGUUCCGACAUCACACAUGUUGAACAUGGCUUCAAGCCUAUAAGAUACGCCGGCCUAAGGCAACGCCGUAUGCUCCGAGGGUCACCAACGAAAGCAAGUUGAGCAGAGACGAGAUUCCAUGGAACUUGCCGAACUGCUUGCUCAACGCCUUGAAUUCCUCUGUUUCCACUGUGUUUCCGUCAAUGAUCUGUUCGUGUCUUUUUGCAUCAACCAACUUCUUUUUCUCUGCCUUAAUUUGGUUACAGCGAGGCAACACCCAGAAGUAAUUUAAGGCACCUGCCACUGCUGAUG